AUGAAGCUUUUAUACAUACAGACCCUUCUUCUCUGCUUCCUUUCAACCCUGAUCUCAGCCCACUCCUCACCACCCUCCACAGAGGGUAGCCCAUGCGGUACCUGCAUUCAAGACAAUGAAGUCGAAGGCAUCGCACAACGCUGGCUCAAUGCUUUCGCGACCGGCGGGCUCCCCACGCUCGAUUCAGCUGUCACAGAAAAUAUUAUGAUCUACGACGAAGGCGCCAACAACGGCACCACCUCCGCCUACGUCCACAACCGCACGGAAUUAUACAACACCAUCAGCGAAGGGCCAUAUGGAGGCAACGGUGUGACGAACGUGACGUAUGACGUCGUCUUCACGUUCCACACGUGCGAUAGGAUUGCGUUGAGGUGGCAACAGAACGAAUAUACGACUGCUGAUAUCGGAUAUGGGAGCAAAGUAGCAGCGGGCAAAUAUAUCGAGUUCAAGGGCACGGAUUUGCUGACUAUUGAUCUGGCGAGCAAGAAGGUGGAGAAUGUGACGACGUCGGCAGACCUGCUGAACGAUUAUCGGGCCUUGGGGUAUAACUUGGGUGUCUUGAACCCAAGCUAA